AUGAAAUUGGUUCGGUUUUUAAUGAAAUUAACAAAUGAGACGGUCUCCAUUGAGCUGAAAAAUGGAACCAUCCUUCAUGGAACAAUCACCGCUGUAGACAUGCAAAUGAACACUCAUUUAAAAACCGUUAAAAUGACGGUGAAAGGACGCGAACCAGUCCCUUUGGAAACUCUGUCCAUUCGUGGUAAUAACAUUCGUUACUACAUCCUCCCAGAUUCUUUACCCUUGGAUACCCUUUUAAUUGAUGAUAGCACGAAACCGAAACAAAAGAAAAAGGAAGUCGACCGUGGCCGUGGUCGUGGACGGGGCCGUGGUCGUGGUCGUGGACGAGGCCGGGGUGCUGCUCGCGGAUUCUAA